CCGCCGCCGCCGCCGCCGCCGCCGCCGCCGCCGCCGCCGCCGCCGCCGCCGCGGACAGCCGGCCUAAAGGAAAACUCCAAGGGUGGUUCGCGCACUCCGAGGGUGGUUUUUCGGACGCGCGGCGCGCGGAACUGUUGUUCCCCCCCCGCGGGGGGAGACUCUGUGCGGAGUAUCAUAUGCAAUAUAAUCGCGCGUGUUAGCCGCGACCACAGGUAAUCGCGGGCGAGCUGCUUCCACCCCGACGAGUCGCGCGACACGAGGGGGACACGCAUACUAUACGGAGGAGAAGCGCGACACUACCACGGGACUGCCCUCGUCGCGGCUGGUCUCUCGUCGACGACGGCUCGUUUCGCCAACGGAACGGACGACGAACGGACGCCCCGCUCUGCCCGCGGGAAGCCAGACGCACGAUGAUCCACGAACGAAGGAUGUAGAACGAGAGUAGAGAGCAAGGAGAGCGGAUCUGCCAGUGUCGCGGAUUCGGACGAGGACAUCGUCGUGUCUGAAGUCUAAUCGCCUCGAGCUGCGUCGGACACCUUCCUCGCGCCUUUCUCGCUCCGAGCGGGCACGAUGAAAUCACGAAAUCCAAGUUCCUCGCGGACCGGCAGAUCGGAGAUCCUGCUGGCGCUGAGUCUAAUCCUGCUCCUCGCCCAGCCGGACACCUGCCACGGCUCGCCGUCGCACCGUAGCAGGCAUCAUGAGCACGACCACGAGCACGAGCACGCGGACUCGUCGCGCGAGGACGCCAGGAGCGCCAGGUUGACGAGCGAGGAGCUGCCGCGACCUGCCGCCUUCACCAACGAUCCGCUGAUCGUCCGCACCAAGAAGGGCUUGGUCCGUGGCAGAACUUUGGCCGCCACCACAGGCAAGGAAGUCGACGCCUGGUUCGGCAUACCCUACGCCCAGAAGCCCGUCGGCUCCCUGAGAUUUCGGCAUCCGCGGCCGAUCGAGCGCUGGUCCGACGUGCUGAACGCGACCACCCUGCCGAACAGUUGUGUGCAGAUCCUCGAUACGGUGUUCGGCGACUUCCCGGGCGCGACCAUGUGGAACCCGAACACGCCGCUUAGCGAGGAUUGCCUGUACGUGAACGUGGUGGUGCCGCGACCCAGGCCUACGAACGCCGCUGUCAUGGUAUGGAUAUUUGGUGGUGGCUUCUACUCUGGCUCAGCCACCCUCGACGUCUACGAUCACAAGACAAUUGUGUCGGAGGAGAAUGUCAUCCUGGUCUCCAUGCAGUAUCGCGUGGCUAGUCUAGGCUUCCUGUACUUCGGCACAUCCGACGUGCCCGGGAACGCCGGUCUCUUCGACCAGAUGAUGGCCCUGCAAUGGGUGCGCGACAACAUUGGCUUCUUCGGCGGCAAUCCCGACAACGUCACGCUCUUCGGCGAGAGCGCGGGUGCGGUGUCCGUGUCCAUGCAUCUGUUGUCUCCGCUGUCUAGGCACCUCUUCAACCAGGCGAUAAUGCAAUCCGGCUCGCCAACCGCGCCGUGGGCGAUAAUCUCACGCGAAGAGUCGAUAGUACGCGGCAUCCGACUAGCAGAGGCGGUCGGCUGUCCGCACGAUCGUAGCAAUCUGCGGGAGGUCAUCGACUGUCUGGUGAAGAAAGACCCGGUGGAGCUGGUGAAGAACGAGUGGGGCACCCUAGGCAUCUGCGAGUUCCCGUUCGUGCCGGUGAUCGACGGCGCGUUCCUCGACGAGACGCCCCAGCGUUCGCUGGCCACAUCCUCCUUCAAGAAGACGAACAUUAUGAUGGGUUCCAACACGGAGGAAGGCUUCUACUUCAUCAUCUACUAUCUCACGGAACUGUUCCGCAUCGACGGCACCGAGGACGUGAAGGUGUCGCGCGACCAGUUCAUCAACGCGGUGUCCGAGCUGAAUCCUUACGUCAAUCAGAUCGGCCGGCACGCCAUCAUUUAUGAGUACACGGACUGGCUGCACCCUGACGACCCGCAUCUCAAUCGCGACGCCAUCGACAAGAUCGUCGGCGACUAUCAGUUCACCUGCAACGUCAACGAGUUCGCCGGCCGAUACGCCGACACCGGCAACAACGUUUACAUGUACUACUUCAAGCACAGAUCCGUGAACAACCCCUGGCCGCGAUGGACCGGAGUCAUGCACGCCGACGAGAUCAACUAUAUUUUCGGGGAGCCUUUGGAUACGUCCAGAGGUUACACAACCGAAGAAAUGUACCUCUCUAAGAGGAUGAUGAGAUACUGGGCGAACUUCGCGAAAACGGGGGAUCCGAACACGGGUGAGGUCGACACGUGGAUGCAGGCUCAAUGGCCGCAGCACACCUCCGCGAACAAGGAGUACCUGACUUUGGACAUCAACAACACGGAGAUCGGCAGCGGCCCCAGGGUGAGGCAGUGCACCUUCUGGAAGAAGUACCUGCCGCAGCUGCUCGGCGCCACGUCAAAACUGGAGGUCGCGUCCAAGGAUACGUGCAGCGGCACCAGCCUCAGCGACUCCCGCCUCUGGAUACUCCAGACCCUGAGCCUGUUAGUGAUCGGCCUCACUUUCGUCUUAUACGACAUCGUCUAGCUCCCGGCCGGUUCGGUCGGCCGAGCCGUCCUAGCUCCGUCGAGCGGCCCGUUUUCCUGAGGAGGAGAAUGAACGUACGAACGCGAGCGCGAGCGAGCGCGAACGGACAUAGAGUGAGCGAGAGAAUGAGCGAAAGAGAGAGAGCGAAAGGGAGAGAGCGAAAGGGAGAGAGCGAGAGAGAGAGAGAGAGAGAGAAAGAGAACGCGACGGGAGCGAAAGCGAAAUCGGGAAUGACGGCAACCGCGAGAGAAACAGACAUAUCAGUAGUAGACGAGUGCUCGAUCGCCGGGGGAUCGACGAUGACGAAACAAAAAAAGAAUUAAAAAAAGAGAAAAAAUAAUAAUAAUAAUAAGAGAAAAAAAGAAACAAGAACGCGCCCGCCAACGAGAGAGCGACAGAUGUUGUGUCGGCAAAACUCCUGGGGGGCUCCGGGGCUCGGUGGAAGGAAACGAGCUCGACCUGCCACGCGUAGCCGAGAAACACGAGGAUCGAGAGGGCGAAGGGAGAGCCGAGCUGAUCGAUGACGAACGAACGGGCGACGAACAACGAUCCAACAACGACCACGACUAACGAGAGGAGGUGAGAGAAGUGUAAUGCGAGACUCUCUCCGCGAUCUGAGCGGGGCGGGAGAGGAAGACAGAGAGGGAGGAUCAAACGAGAAGAGACACGGUAGUUCGCGAAACUAUCGGUGAAACUGUACGCGCCGCCGGUGGUUAAUUACCAGCAAUUAUAUCAGUUCCUACGGCUCGCUGCGAGGACGAUCGCUCGAGACGGUCGGAAACUCUGAGGUAGCGAGGACUCGAAGGCAGGACGGGGGGGCGUCUGGACAUGCGGAGAGCACAACAAAAGCGCGCGACGGCUGGCGAGGGUGCGCGAGCAAUCGCGCAGACCUCUCCGGAAUUCUGAGGGCGCGAGGAGUGCGCAAGGAUUCGCGCGGGGUUCAAGAAGAGAAGGUGCGUGUGUACGUGCGUGUGUGGCUGUGUGGAGCCGCGCGAGGAUACGGUGUGGCGACGGACAGAUUGCACGCGUUGCGUUCGUCGUUUGCGUCGUAAAUUUCCCAGGCGUCGCCUCGACGCCAUGUCGCGCCACCGGGAUGCGCACAGAGAGAGCCCGGCUGUGAAACAGCAACUCCCGUAGCACGGCUGUUAUAUGGGUCACCCGGCGUUGCGAGUACGAGGGUUUUAUGAACACGAAUCGCCGUGUCGUGUCGCGUCGCAUCGCAUCGCGUCGCGUCGCGUUCGCCGAGACGUUAUCCCGGGGGACCAGGCAAACAUAUAUUGGCAAGCGAACUGCGUCGAGCUACGAGGGAGGAGCACCCGGUAAGACCGUAAUUCCCCUCGAAAGCGGAACUGCACUAUAGGCGGCCUCGCCGCCUUAAUAUCCUUGGUCCACCUGGAUCACGUCACGUCCCCGUUGCGCAGCAACCCGUGAAGGAAACUCGGCGACGUCGGAAGCGUUGCCAAAAAUCCGAGCAAGAAGAUGGUAACCGCCCCCGCGCGGCGGAGAGGGCGCGCGCCAUUGAGUGCCGCUUGAAAGCGGUUCCAAGAUGCGACUGGAUUGAAGGACCGCCGCGAUAUAAUCGCGUAUUAUGCUACGGGCUGAUGAAAAUCGAGUUAUCCGACGACAAAUCCCUUAUCUCUCGCCUUUCAUUCCGUUCGAUUAUCGUCAUGCAACACGCGCGUGAGUCCAACGCAGACGAGCUCCCCACGCUGAGGAAGAAAUACUUGAACAUUUGUCUGUGGGAUAUGAAGUUUAUUCACGGAAACUAAACUUCAUUUCGCAGAAAUUAACUUUAUAUCCCGCGAAUAAAUGUUCAGCUAUUAUUUUCUCCAAAGGACCCCGCACAAAACCUAUGGAAAAUGGUUUUCGGUCAAAUUGGCUGGAAUUUCACUAUGUUAUAGUUUUCGCCAUGCUGAUAAAAAGUUAUCCUUGCACCAAGUCCCAAAAGUCAAUAUUUCCA